CGCAGCCUUGAAAAAGCAAAGUGACGGUAGAGAGCUGCGAGUUGUUGACAUUAUUCUCAAACUCUAUUAUCUAAAUUGCGUCGACAGAAAUGGACGACCAGGGGUGUCCGAGAUGCAAAACGACCAAGUACAGGAAUCCCUCUCUGAAGCUGAUGGUGAACGUCUGCGGUCACACACUAUGCGAGAACUGUGUGGAGAUGCUGUUUGUGCGUGGCUCGGGUAACUGUGUGCAGUGCGACACACCCCUGAGGAAGAGCAACUUCCGUGUGCAACUCUUCGAAGACCCGACUGUAGAUAAGGAGGUGGAGAUUCGCAAGAAGGUGCUGAAGAUAUACAACAAGAGAGAUGUUGACUUCCCCAGCCUGAGAGAAUAUAACGACUACCUAGAGCAGGUGGAGGACAUAGUGUAUAACCUGACAAGCAACAUUGAUGUGGAGAACACCAAGCUGCGGAUGGAGCAGUACCAGAGGGAGAACAGAGACGUCAUCCAGAAGAAUAAGGCUAAACUUACCCGAGAGCAGGAGGAGCUGGAGGAGCUUCUGUUGUUAGAGCAGCGGGACAAUGAGCAGCGCAGACUGGAUGUGCUGCAGGAGGAGCAGAGGCAGCUACAGGCGAAGAGGAAGAACAAGCAAGCUCUGCUGGAUGAACUGGAGCAGUCUAGACUUCCUGCCACCAUCUUGCUCGCCCAGCACAAGGUGCGUGCUGCCCAACUGGAGACCCAGAUUGAGCAGCAGAAACAAGUGGUCAAACCUACAAAUAUAUUUUCAACUGGAAUCCAUAUGCGUCAGACGGUGUCUCUUCAGCCUGUGCCAAGGAUAGAGGAAGUUCUGUACACCUACAAGCCCCUUCACAUUGAAAUCUAUGGACCCCCAGUGCCUGAACUUGAGCAGCUCGGCAGACUUGGGUAUCUGAACCACGUGCGGGCUGCCAUGCCUCAGGACACAGCUGGAGGAUACAACUCAGCUUUGGCUUGUCAUCGAGCCCUUCAGGACGCAUUCAGUGGCCUGUUCCCUCUGAAACGAUGAACACAUCCACAUCACACACUGGUGAGAAGUUUGACAAAAAAAAGGACUGUAAAUGCCCCUGCUGCCACUGAGGAGCAGGCAAAUGCCACUGAGGUAGUUCUCUGAAUUUGUGUCAGGGUUUGUAUUAUUUUUUUUAAAUAUCUUGUGUUUUUUUAACAUUCAAAUAAAUCACAGUGACCAAUGA